UUCGUCGUCCAAACGGAAAAAAAAGAAAUGGCAGGAAGGACAAUAAUGGCGGACGAUUCAUAAAGUGACGCAAGCCAACGUUUUACGGCAUGCGUUUAAUCAAUUUUUCAACAAUAGGAGUUAUUGUUAAAUCAUUGUCAUUAUUGUUAAACACAUGACCAGUUAGGGGUGCAGUCACUCAUGUCAAAAGCAAUGGCUCGCGAGUUUGACCACCUCUUUAAACUGCUGAUUAUCGGUGACAGUGGUGUAGGUAAGAGCUGCCUCCUAUUGCGGUUUGCUGAUAACACCUUCUCCGGUAGUUACAUUACGACCAUCGGUGUAGAUUUCAAAAUAAGAACUUUAGAGAUAAACGGUGAGCGGGUGAAGCUGCAGAUAUGGGACACUGCGGGGCAAGAAAGGUUCCGAACCAUCACCAGCACGUACUACCGAGGGACUCACGGAGUCAUCGUAGUUUACGAUGUCACUAACGGCGAGUCCUUCGCCAAUGUGAAGCGUUGGCUGCAUGAGAUUGAACAGAACUGCGAUGUCGUUAACAAAGUCUUAGUUGGUAAUAAAAAUGACUGCCCAUCAAGGAAAGUAGUUGUAACGGAGGAUGCCCAGCGAUUUGCCAACCAAAUGAACAUACCAUUGUUUGAAACCAGUGCAAAGGAAAACAUUAAUGUUGAGGAAAUGUUUCUGACUAUCACAAAAAUGGUAUUGAGGUCUAAAUUGGAAAUGAAAGAGCGACAGAAUGUGACAGCAAACGACACGGUACACAUAAGGAAGAACCACAAAACAAAGAAGAAAUGUUGCUAGUGAUCACACAAUAUGGCACUAAGCCAGGGAUGUCGCUUACACGAUGCUCAAAUUGAGAGAUAAUUGCACAACCCUAGCAGGACACUAUGUACCUCAGCCAUAUAAUGUUUACCAAUGAAAUAGAAGCCUUCUUUUGUUGGUGUUAGGUACAAAGAAGUGUAUUUUGACAUCAGCAGUAUAACAGUUUAGUCUUAUGAAACUAGUGGAAUUUUGUACCUUGAUAUUGAUAUGUAAGUUGAUCUCUGUUGAAUAUUAUCAUGGCAGUGUUACUGUUAUUAUCAAAGAGCUUAAUGUAUUCCCUACACUACAACUACAUCACUUGUCUAAAAUUUGUACUCACAAUAUUUCUGAAAAACUUGUAAUAGGGAAAAUAUGGAUUUUAAAUUUCUGAUUAUAAAUUAUUAUUAGGAUGUAAAAUAAUAAUUAAAUUGAAUAGAUUUUAUGGCAAAGUUUUGCAUUCCAAACAUGCAAAACAGAUGACAGUAUUGGUAAUAUUUAUUUAGUAAGAAGAUGUUUUGUUGCUAAUAUGAAAUUUUAUGAAAAUGUAAUUGAUUAAAAUAAUAAUUGUAAUGUCAUAUGAUAAUAUGAAAGAGCUUGUGAAAGCCUGUUUUGUCUUAGUGUACUAUAUUUUGAGUUCAUGUGUUCGUAUUUUUGGUGAAAUAAUGUAUUGAAUACCCUCAUAUUUUACAUUUUAUGAUAUGUUACUGAUAAUUCCAAUUUUUUUUAAAAUAUAUUUUAAACAAUCUAUGUAAUAGAGCAAUAAUAUUGGUGCAUGUUUCAUAUUGAUUAUUUUGCAUUAUACACAAAGGUCAUUAGCGACAUGUCACACUACUCAGCACAGUGCACUCUAGAAUCCAUACUAAUACUAUAAAUGUGAAAGUGUGUCUGUUACUUUUUCACGGCCUAACCAUUUUUAAAUCUAUUUCAAUGUUCGGUAUGGGAGAGAGGUUGCAUCCCAGAGAGGGCUUUUUAUCCCAAACAGUAGGGAGUUUUAAAAACUUCCUCCAUGUGGACAAAGUGGUCUUCUAGUUCUAGAAAAGAUUAACUGAAUAGUAACUAUUUGGUUCAUCAUAACAAAUAACAACAGUGCUAAGAAACUUAUCGAUUACAGAUAAUCUGAUUAUAAACAAUUUUGUCUUUUGCAAGUGGAGUGUUGUGCUCGAGUAGACUAGCGACCUCAAGUGACAAUAUUAUAUUAUUUUUAUACCCUAUGCCCCUUUAUAUUUGACAAGUCUGUGCUGGGUUAAAUAAUCUCGAGUUUUAGGCGCAUUAUGGAUAAAUAAUUUAGUCCAAAAAUUAAAUUAGGAUUAUUAUGAAUGCAUAGUUAAUGUGUAUAAUUGUACUCUCGUAAUCAAAAACUGUUAUGUGAUGGAGUGUCUGUAUGAUAAGCGAAAAGUUGCUAGAUAUAAAUGUAUACAAUUAAUUUAAACAUUUUUAUUUUUAGUUUCAUAUCGUAAUGGUGUUUUGUCACGUUAUUAGACAGCUCACCAUUUUGACGAUUGCAUGUAAAAACUAUCAGUUCAUUAGAGGUAAUGUAAUGACAUUUAAGUUUAACAUUAUUUUGCUCGUCACUGAUUUACGCCGCACUGUUGUGGCACUGCUCCAACAUGGUACAGUCUCUAGAAAAGUCAAAAAAAACUGAUAUUACUCAGAACUGACAGCUGUGUACUGUGCUUAAGGUGUGCGGGGGUGCAAAUCAGAGAUGAUCUUUAGCCUUAUAUCCACCAUCUCUGUGUGAGCGAGAGAGCAAUAAAUUAAUAAGAGUAUGACAGAGAUAAACCAAUUAAAUCCAGUGUUUGAAUUUAAAUCAAUAAUGUCAACACAAAACCCUAACGCUCUGGCUACACGCUCCGUCUUGCCUGCACAGUUAAAGCGGGCAUACCGUCUUGCCAAUUGCCAUCCACUCAUACGCGUGUAACUGCGCCAACUAGCUUGUGCAGAUAAGCUCUCAGGUAAAACGCAGCAUGUAGCCGGAGCUUAAUAUCAAUAGUAUUAUUAAAAAUAUGAACAUGUUAUAAUUAAAAGUAUAAUGGUAUGUUUUUAUUAUUUAACAUAAAACUUUCUAUGAAUAUUGUAAAUUAAUUGUUUAUGUUGCCAGUCGAAAUACAUUAGGGACCUUAUAUGUGUAAACUGAAAUCUCUCAUUUAAAUAUUCCUUUACCUAUUUAUAUUUUUUUAAAUUUAAAAAUUGGCAAAGUAUACUCUCCAGUCUGCAUAAAACUUAUAACAAUAAUUUAACUAAUCGGAAUUUAUAAAUUCUUAUUGCAAUUCAAUUAUGCAUUUUUAUCAUAAACUUGCAUUUCAUAUGCAUACAUGUAUAAUUUUUUAAAUAAAUAUUAUAGUAAGUAUUCAUAAAGUACAUUUGGGUGAUAAAAUUAAUUUUAACAUUUAUUUAUGACAUUGUGGCUAAUUCUGUUGUAAUAAUACAAAUUUCGAAAGUAAAUUGACAGCUGAGCCUGUCCCCAAAGAGAACAUUACAAUCUCACACGAUUUGUCUGUGGGGAAGACACUGAGGAAACAUCUUGAGCUGGAUAUUAAAGCUUGAUAUGGAGCGGAUGAUAAGGAAUUUGAGUCGGUACAGUAACAGAAUUAGCCACAACAUAUUGUUUUAUGUAUUUCAACGAAAAACUUUAGUAUUUAUUUUGUACUCUGUAGUAAAAUAGCAUCUAUUUUUACCCAACUGCGGCAAAGCCAAAAGGAAGGGUUAUUAUUUUUUGUGAACACAGUAAGCAAACCAUGUACUUUUGAAUCAGUCCUCCAAAUACAUUCAAUAUUUCAGUGUUUAUUUCAUCUUAUAUCGUUAAAUGUUACUCUUAUAAUAAAAUAAUGUAUGUAGCAUUUGUAUUAUUAUAACUUUACACUGCUAUGUUAACACUCAAUUCCAGUCAGGACCACAGUGCAAAAGUAAUAUUCGGGAUCAUAAGUAUUGUAUUGUAACAUGUACGCAUUCGAAAUAGGGUGGGUAGAGUUAAAUAUAUUAUUCGAACCUUUAAUUUGUAUUCAAAUUUGUAGUGUGGAGUUAAUACCAAAAUAUCCUGUAAAUAUCAACAAAGAUAUUUUAGAUUUUCAUAUAAGUUUAUUAGAUUGGAUACUUGCUUAAAAAUGCUUUGCUCAUAAAUGAAAUGUAUCAAUUAAUUAUAUUUGGUAUUAGAGUAUUUGGUACUGUUCAAAUUAUCCAUUCCGUACAACUUUGUACAAAAAUUAGGCUGGCCAUGAAGUGACUAUGUUUUUAAUAUGUAAUUUUUAUUUAUUAUAAUUAUUAUUGUCAUAAAAGUGAAUCUUUCGGCAGUGCGUAAAUAAAACCAUCUUCAGCUAAAGCCUAGAACACACUGAAAUUGUAGGCAGACUUGUGUGUGUCUGACGCAACACAAAUCUGUUGCAAUGAUCAACUAAUCGGAGCAUCUUGAGCGAAACCAUCACAGCUAGACUAGUCACACCACAAGUUAUAACACUUACAACACUACAGCUUUGGCGAUCACUAGUCUGCAGCAACCUUUAAGUAGUACUACGCACAAGACGGGUUAUUCCAAACAAAAAUUUUUGUGGGCUGCAUCUCAUUUUUGGUUACAACUUUAUGCGCAUAUAGUGUCAUACUAAUUUUGACAGUUUCAUAUAGAACAUGAUUUUUGCUUGAAAUAGCCCUUUAGGUACUAACUACUAAUUUUAUUUAGUUCAGUGAUAGUGUCUGCAGUCGCACCAUGUUGUGUUUCAGAAUUACGCUGGCAGCUGGAGUUGCGUUUUUUCAAACGAAUUGUCUACAGUUGCGUUUUAACAUUGUGUGUUCUAUGGCUAAAGUUCAGUGCCUUUUCAUUUUAGUCAUCAUCUAAAAUAUUGUCUUGUGGCAUUUGUCUGAAUUUCCUACAAGUUGAAGCCGCCGGUCUAAUAGUACACAGCAUUUUGCUUAUUAUUAUCUUGAUUUUGGUACUCAUAUUAUUUUUAAGUUAUGUAUAUUGUUCAUUACCAGCAUUUUAAAAUGUAAAUAGAUAUAUUUUGCCCAUAA